GUCUUGCCAUCCUCCUCACACGACCCCGCACUUGCCCAUCUACACACCUUCUGCAUCGUAUUCUCUGAUGCUGGUACGCAUACCCUGAUGCCCGACUCGUCCAUAGUACCAGUCUCGUCCCCCCACCAGCAUAGACAGGGCGCAGCCUCAUCGAGCUCAGCCGCAAUGUCCUCGUCCUCUCGCGGUACCAAGCGACCCAGGAAGAGUACGCAGAAGGAGGCAAGGGCAGCAGCUACAGCCGCAGGACAAGGGUCGUCGUCGUCUUCCUCAACCGCACCCGUUGAUAUCCUCAAACCUCGCCCGCCCCUCAUCAAGUCUGAAGCAGACGACAGCAUAGCAUACAGCGCCACUCCACCGGUGGCGGCCGCUCCUACCAAGAAGCUCAGCAGAGGCAACAGCGCCGCCUCUCUGCGCAGCAACAAGGACGAGGAGGAGGAGGACAAAGAAUUCAAGGUCUCCAUUGCCGCUGCUUCUCGACGCGAUGUCAAACCUGUGAAAUCAGCGCUGGCAGGUAGCGCUAGGCUCGCGAGCGGGCCACCGGGGGCGAUGCUCAACGAUCGGUACAAGAGGUCCAUGUACAUUGCCUUUGUCGAUGGGGCCUUCGCUGAGAGGGACAAGGGCUCCACCAAGUCCUAUUGGGACCUCGUCUCCCAAUUUCGCUCUGCUCACACGACCCUCACCACAGCCUCCUCGUCCGCCGCCUCGUCCAACUCCAACACGCAAUCUCUCUCACUCUGGCUGCAUGCCCUCUCGCACCACGUUGCCAGACUCGACUCGGCCAAUCACUCCCAGCUCGUAGAGAAUAUCCUCGACUUGCCCUGGGCGGGCGUGUCCACGGGCGACGACUUCUCUCGGAGCUGGUGUAGCUUCGUGUGCGCGCUGGUCAGCGCAAGGACUGAGUGGGCCUCUAGCGUGGUAACUAGGAUAGUCAAGGCGAUGCGAUGGCGCAGUGAUUGGCUGCCCUUGCGGCCAUUGCAUGGUCAACCGCCUAGCCCAACAGGCUCAACAUCCAGUGGCGUCCAACCAGCGCAGCCUUCUCGCCCCACUCGUCGACUCCUCUACACCCGUCUCCACUCCCUACUGCGCACUAUCCUCAUCCUGAUUCCCACUCUUCCCUCCACCUUGGCUCCUCUGGUUAUCCGCCACUUCCCGCACAAACGCGAGUCGCGCAAAGAGCAAGCCACCUACGCGCAUAAUAUCCUCUUCAUGACGCGCUACUGCCCCCAAGUGGCGGAAAGUGUCUGGCGCGUUGUGGGUGACCGUGCAAUCUCUCUCGACGUGGAGAUCCAGAUUGAGAUGGACGACCUGGAGGAUGGAGCAGGGGAAGGGUUGGAGGAGGAGCUGGCCAACCUCGACCCCUUCGAUCGGCCGCUGGAUGAGGAUGACGACGAUUCAAGCAGUGAUGGGAGCAGCGAUGACGGCGGAGGGGACGACGAUGAUGACUCGGAGAGUGGGCCUGACAUUGACGAGCUUAGCAGUGAGGACGAAGCUGAGCCUGGGGAUGAGGAUGCUGAUGGGUUGGACGGUGGACUACUCCACGAGCAGGAGGCGGAAAGACGGCAGCGUAAAGUGAGGGAUCUGGUUGAGAAGCUCGACGCCCUGCUCAAGGUCGCUUUUGAGCAUUUGGAGCGGAUCAGUGGUAAGAGACGCGCAGCGGGUACGGGCAGCGAUGGAUUGGAGGCGGUGCUCAUUCCUAGGGACAACGCGACGUGGAUGUCCGACUUCCUUGGCACAGGCAGCAAAUCCACAUCGGCCAGCAGCACACCUUCAGGCACGCCUACGACGGAGCGUCCGCCCUCGUCCCCGGGCACUGCACGUAACAGUCCCACCUCCUUCCCUCUCGACGACGAGGAACAGAUCUCUCUCCGUGCCGCUGAACGUCACUCGGCCUUUCAACACCUCCUCCAUCUAUUCAGCCGGUCCAUCCUGCCCACCUUCAAGUGCAGGCACGUCCAGUUCCUCCUGUUCUGGUACUGCUCCCUAGAGCCGGACUUUACAGACUGGUUUCUAGGCCUCCUGAUCCACAAGGCCAUCUACUCUUCGCCCUCCAACGCAGACGAAGCGCAAGGACAGCAGCAGGGCUCAGCGGCGACGACAAAUCCAAUCGUGCUCCGCCAAGCAGCGGCAAGCUAUGUUGCCUCGUUCGUCUCGCGCGCCAGCUACGUGGACGCAGCUUCGACACGCAUCGUGGUGCACAACCUUUGCGCCUUUCUCGAAGCCCAUCUAGAGGAACACGCAGCCGCUCUGCGGGCUGUACAAGAAUCCGGAGGGCUUGCGUAUGUGGAUGAAGCCACCGCACGUCUGGCCUCUGCACCCGCGGGCAGUGAGGAGCAUGCCAUCUUCUACGCCGUUGCUCAAGCGGUCUUCUACGUGUUCUGCUUCAGGUGGCAAGACCUUCGCAAUGGGGAUGGAGAGCAUGCGAAAGGAGGAGCGAAGAAUGGAGCGGACAAGAGCGGAAGCCUGGCACCCAGCGACGACUUCUCUGACGCAGAUCCAGGCUUCAUGAUUGGGAGCUUGAGCUCGACGGGAAGCUCGAGCUUUGCGCUGCCUUCGAGUCUUCACCAGCCGCCCAAGCCACCAGCGCAAGGCAAAACUGGUCCUUCGCCCUGCCUGGCGCCGCAAGAUGCUUCUGCUUCGUCUUCUUCGUUCCCCCUCUCACCGUCCCUCUCCGCCACCCAGGUGCCUCCCUCCCACAAUACCCAGGACGGCUCCUCUUCCUCUAGCGGCUGGUCGCCCGGCCUCUCCAACCUGCAAAGAUGUAUCCUCUCCCCUCUCAACCCCCUGCACUUUUGCUCACCAACGGUGGUCCACCAAUUCGCAAGCGUCGCGCAACAUGUCGGCCUCCUCUACUGCUGGAGCGUGAUCGAAGCGAAUCGUCGCGGGGGAGCGGGCGGUGCGAGGGGACAAUUGGGCAGUACCGAUGUACAGAUUGCGGGAAGGCAGCAGAGCGGCGAUCGUGGCGCAAGGCCAGCGGCGCCAGCUCGUCGUGCACCUGCCACGGGUGGGGCGAGCGCUUCGGAUUUGGAGGGGUUCUUCCCCUUUGACCCGUACAGGCUGCGCGGCACAGCUGAGCGCUUCGUUGAGCCCCUGUAUCGCGAUUGGAAGGAUGUAGCGCCGCAAGGUCUGGGCGGAGCAGACGAUGACGAUAGCAGCGACGGCGAGGACGGAGAAAGCGAGGACGACGAAGACGACGAGGUUGAGCAAGAGAGCUCUCUCGCUCCCUCGUCUGAGGCGUCGAGUAUGGCCUCUUCUGCUUUGCAGCGCGCCACGAGUGGUGGGCUGCAGAUUCCGGGCGCGUCUCCUGCGAGAAGGCGCGGCGAGACGAGCGCGGAUGCCAAGUUCGCGAAGAGUAUGGAGCUGAUGAGUGUCAGUGGUAGCUAGGCGGGCGGCGAGAUGGCUGAGUGUAUUUGUAGAUACGUGUGAGGCAUUUCAAUCGAUGACUACGCAGAGAGAGAGAUUUGAACACGU